AUGGCCUUUAUAAAAUCAGUAGAUGUUUAUGAUUUUGAUCUGAGUUUAACAAGAAUACAAGUAAAUUUGAGGAACCAAUUAAAAGGGUCCUAUAGGGAUUUCUGCAGUUACAUAAAAGUGUUAGCCGAACUAUAUAUACAAGUAGACCAAGCAGUGAGGUCUGAGUCGUUUUUCCUACAUUUUGGAGCAUUGCCCUAUCACUUUAGAAUUGCUAUUGGAGCGGAUGGCGCUCCUUUCGGCAAAGAUGAUGAAGCCACUGCAUGGCUUGUUUCGUUCUUAAAUGUGUGUAACCAUAUUCAAAGUGAAAGGGACAAUUUCUUCGUAGAUGGGGUAAACUGCUCAGACAAUCACCCAAGCAUGAAACAGUACGCAAAGAAAUUGAUGCAAGAUAUCGCACACAUUGAGACACAGUCAUACAUUAUCAGCGGUUUUAAUUGUCAAUUUACAGUUGAACUUGUUCCCUCAGAUAUGAAAUGGCUAUCCACAAUGAGCGGAGAGCUCAACAACGCAGCUUACUAUUUUUCCCCUUUUGGAAAUGUUAAUGAUGACAACAAACGGGUCAGAAAUGGAUCCCUAGGGGACGAUCCGUCAUGUACAUGGCAUCCCUGGAACUAUAACCAAAGGACUAAGGUUGCUAGGGAAGUUGCAAAUAAGAGGGAGGAACGUACUAUGCAGGUCCAAGAAUUCCAAUGCUACUAA